CACAUUAUGUCAGUAGACCUCGAGUAGCUUUCCUUCAGUUAUAUCGAUUCGCAGUUCGUAAAGCCAAUCAAGAUGUCGGCGCAGAAAUAUAUCAUCACUGUGGGUCUCGUGGUCGCCGCUUUACUGGCCAUCAACACCGAAAGUGCUAGUGGCUCUAAUUAUUAUGCCGCAGCAAACAAAUCGCACCAUCUGAUCGUCGGCUACAGGAUGCCAGGUGACAGACUCGUCUACAAAGAGAAUAUCGUCAAGGAAUCCUCCUGGAUGAGGGUUAUAACUGUGGAAAAGACUUUCAAUGUCACCAAGUACGAACGUAUCACGCUUCUUCAAGCAUUGGACCAAAAGACAAACGGCAAUGGCGCUCAUGCGAGUAUCCUGCAAGGUGGGCCCGGACAUAGCAAUGUGACCUUAAAGUUCAAGAGUGAGAGAGGUCACGGUAUCAACUUUGUCGUCGAACUGUAUGCACGUUGAAGAAUCAACUUCGAGAAAAGCAGUCGACAUUACGGCAGACGACCGGUAUGAUGAUUUCUGAAUGCGAUUAUAAUGGGGAACAUGAAAUAAAUAAUUCAGAUGGUCGUGAUGUUACGAGUCCAGUUACAUAUUCAUUGGCGAUAUUGUCGCCA